GACGUUCGUCCGGCUCGCCGCGAUACGACCCGGCACUUCUGCUAGUGUUGCGAAGUUUAGGAGGGACAGUCGGGUGGGCGGAAGCCACGCCUUUCCCUGGUGUUCAUAGACGACCCGUGAACUUCAGCUGUGAGUGUUAGAAUUGAUUGUGGUGAAUAUAAAGAGGAAAUAGCUCGAAGGUAUUGCGAUUUGGAUUGCGCAGCGUGGCGGCUGGCGGCGCACGACAAGUGAAGUUGGUAAUUGACGUCGGUCUAUACUGGUGGUGUUCCCGUGUGGUCACUUGUGAAAAUCUUCAGUGGCAGUCGAGCAUGGCAGAUUGAAAGUGAGCCAGUGAAGUGACAGAAUGUGUUUCUAACUCAUAGUCAAACGGUGCGGGUCUAUGGUGAGCCAGUGACUUUCGUUGACCUCAGACGGAGCGAAAAUCUUCCAGUGACAGCUUUACCAGGGCGACCGCCGAGCGUUCUGGAGACAAAUCGGUCCUGUAGUGAAGUGCAGUCUGAAGUGACGUUCCGGCCUGGAGCUGCCUGGAUGCCCUAGUGGGCCCAGGGUUAUACAAUAGUGUGGUGCGUUUGCAAGUCGCGAACCCCAGGUCCUGAGCAUUACACCGGAGUCCCGGCCGGUCCUUGCCGGCCGCACACGGCAACUAGAUGUGGUCCCUCUCCAAACGGUUCCGCAAAAUGUCGCCCUCCGCCGUCGAAUCAGAGGAGAAGGAGAAUCUCGACCCUGAAGUGAUCUUCACCAGAGAGCGCAAGAUCGGCAAGGGGGCGUUCGGAGAGGUGUUUAAAGGCAUUGACAACCGAACUGGCCGGGUUGUUGCCAUCAAGAUCAUGGACCUGGAGGAGGCGGAGGACGAGAUCGACGAUAUCCAGCAGGAGAUCACGGUGUUGUCACAGUGCGACUCACCCUACGUCACCAAGUACUUCGGAUCCUACCUGAAGGGCACCAAGCUAUGGAUCAUUAUGGAAUAUCUCGGGGGUGGAUCUGCCCUUGACCUAAUGAAGCCGGGAGUUUUGGAAGAAACGUAUAUCGCCAUUAUUCUGAGAGAGGUCAUCAAGGGGCUGGAAUACCUCGACUCGGAACGGAUACUUCAUCGAGAUAUUAAAGCGGCCAACAUCCUGCUGUCGGAGUCGGGCGACGUGAAGCUGGCCGAUUUCGGCGUGGCUGGUCAGCUGAGCAGCGAUACCGUAAAGCGGCACACGUUCGUGGGCACCCCGUUCUGGAUGGCGCCAGAGGUCAUCCAGCAGGCCGCCUACGACUCCAAGGCGGAUAUCUGGUCACUAGGGAUCACAGCCAUCGAGCUGGCCAACGGCGAACCGCCCUUCUCGGACCUCCAUCCGAUGCGUGCGCUCUUCCUCAUUCCCAAGAGCCCGGCGCCGCAGCUGCAGGGCGACUUCACCAGGCCCUUCAAGGAGUUUGUCGAGGCGUGCCUCAACAAGGACCCCGAACACCGCCCGUCGGCCUCUGAGCUGCUCCGUCACCCGUUCAUCAAGAAGGCUCGGCGGACGGUGUGUCUGACGGAACUGGUGGACCGGUACAGACAGUGGAAACAGACGGCGCCCGACUCCGACAGCGAGGCCGACACCCAGUCCAUCAGCCAGUCAGAGGACGAGCUGUCGAUUGACCUGGAUCUGGACGAGCCUUGGUGUCACACGGUGGUCGGACCGGCGCCCCACCGGCCGGCGCCGCCUCCGCCGCCGCCUCGAGAGCACAGGCGCAGCCAGGUGCUGCAGAGCGCCAUCUACCCGCUGCUGGCUGAGCUGCAGCGUCGCCACCGGAGCCGUCUGCCACCGCCGGGGCGCACCUCUUUCUCCGGUCGCGGAGACGAGGUCGAGGAACUUCGCACCGCCUUCGAGCAGGCCGAGCGCGAGUCAGCCGGCGUGUCGGACCGGUUGGUGCAGCGGCUGCUGCAGAAGCUGGUGCCCUCCGCCAGUCAGCAGCAGCUGCGCGCCAGCUUCCAGCGGCUGGUGCGGUGAGCGACGCAGCUGCUGGUGCUGCUUGAAGCUGUUGGUGUUGGUCUCUCGGUGGCUGAUCACAGCACCAUCUGGACUCCCGACAGUGCUGUCUUGCCUGAGUCGCACGGCGGGUGGCAUCUGAAUUUAAAGCGAUGGCGGACUUCAGGUCUAGUCUCCCCUCCGCCGGUCUUCUAUGCGCCGCCAGGCACCAAGGAGAGGCGGAGUGCGGAGUCAUUCUCAAGAAUGAGCCUAUGGAGAUGCGGUAGCGCUUCUGAGCGAAAAACAGCCGGGACCAGUGCAUAUGGCUGAGUUCAAUGGCACAGCCUUACGGCGACAAGAGGCCGAAGCCUGUCAGGCCAUCUGGCACCGACAAAUGUAGCUAGCAGGAAGCCGAUGGCCAAGUUGUUGAGUUCCCUAUCCUGAGUUGAUGCCUUGAUAACUUGUGCAUCGAAUAUUCAUACCACAUAACAUUGGCUUUCCUUAGCGUGGUCAUGAUAAGGAAUAUUGAUUGAUCCUGAUGAAAUCGUGGCAUGCUUGAUCAUAAACUAGUCCGCUUUUAGUUUGAUGUAUUCAGCGAUUGCUUUUGUUCCCUCGUCGUGUUGUGCUGUUGCGUUCAGGCGUCAGCGGCAAGCAUUUGCGCUUCGGCAGAGGUGUUGUGAAUGUGUACUAUGUAGGUACUGGGCGAUACCCUUCCACACACAGAUGCACAAGGAAGGGUUGGUCUGUGAUUAUUGGAUGUCUUGUAGCACUAGUUUACCGUUGAAACCGAGCAGCCUGAAUGACGUCUACUGCUUUGGCCCCGAUUGGGACUUGUGAUUAGUUCCAUACCGUAGACCGUAGCGCUUGGCGGCUUAGGGUGGGCCAUGAGCCACCCGCCACACACGGUUUUGUGCUCAGUUUGUCCGAAUUCGAUGACAAGCACCUGUUGAUUUCACAGUCGAACUAUCCAGAUGUUAUCACGAAGGUUGUUACCCGAUGCGAGGUAUGAUCGUAUGUAAAUGGGCCAUUGUCCGGCGCUUUCUGCAUUGUUAGGCAUUAAAGUCAGCAGGAGCUUUUCGACGUACAAGCGUCGCUCACUGUGCAGUGCACAACCAUUGCUGACAUGUCAAUAAACGUUCACUGUUCAA